AUGAUUUACACUGCAAUAGACAAUUUCUACCUACCAGACGAGCAGAUAAAGAGCACACCUUCCAGGAAAGAUGGGAUAGAUGAAACAACCGAAAUCACACUUAGAAUCUAUGGAUGCGAUCUCAUCCAGGAAGGUGGAAUCUUGCUCAGACUACCCCAGGCAGUGAUGGCUACUGGUCAGGUUCUUUUCCACCGAUUCUAUUGCAAGAAGUCUCUCGCCAAAUUUGAUGUAAAGAUUGUUGCUGCGAGCUGUGUCUGGCUUGCAUCAAAAUUGGAAGAAAACCCUAAAAAAGCAAGGCAGGUCAUCAUUGUAUUCCACAGGAUGGAGUGCCGCAGGGAGAACUUACCGCUAGGUCAUCUGGAUUUGUAUUCCAAGGCUAAAAGUUUAGGCAUUGCUAUCUCCUUUCUUACUCAUUGGAAUAGCUUUGAAAGUGCUAUUUGCUCAUCAUUUCUGUAUCUCAUCCUAUUCCCACUUGUUUAUAUUCUGCAGAAGUUCUCUGAGUUGAAAGUUGAUUUAAGCAGAACUGAGAGACAUAUACUGAAAGAGAUGGGUUUUGUUUGUCAUGUUGAACAUCCUCACAAGUUCAUAUCAAACUACCUUGCCACACUUGAAACACCUCCAGAACUGAGGCAAGAAGCUUGGAACUUGGCAAACGACAGUCUGCGCACAACCCUUUGUGUAAGGUUCAGAAGUGAGGUUGUGGCUUGUGGGGUCGUGUAUGCGGCUGCUCGUAGGUUUCAAGUACCUCUCCCAGAGAAUCCACCCUGGUGGAAAGCAUUUGAUGCAGAUAAAUCUAGUAUCGACGAAGUGUGUAGAGUUCUUGCUCAUCUAUACAGUCUUCCAAAGGCUCAGUAUAUCUCCGUUUGCAAGGAUGGGAAGCCAUUCACAUUUUCCAGUAGAUCCGGGAAUUCGCAAGCUACUAAGGAUGUGUUACCGGCGGCAGUGGGCGAUGCUGUUGAUACCAAGUGUACUCCCGGAUCAGCGAAUAACGAGUCUAAGGAUGGAAUGAUUAGUACGCCUCAUGAAAAGGCUACGGAUUCGAAGAAGAGCGAUACUGAGUCGAACAGUCAGCUAAAUGUAGGAGACGUAAGGGAGAAGGAAAGUAAAGUAGGAGAGAGGGAAAGAGAGAGUGAUAGAGAGAAGGAACGAGGUAGAGAGAGGGACAGGGUUAGGUCUCACAGAGACAGAGGCAGAGAUUCUGACAAGGAGAGUGAUAGGGACAGAGACAAACUAAAAGAUAGAAGUCAUCAUCGGUCGAGAGAUAGACUGAUGGAUUCAGGUGGGCCGUCGGAUAAAUCAAGACAUCACUCUUCUCGGGAUCGUGACCAUCGCGAAUCGUCUCACUCAUCGAAAGACCGUCGUAGGCACUAUUAA